AUGACAGAAUUCAUCCUUAUCAGUUUAUAUGUUAAUUGUAAAGGAUACCAGCUUCUGGAACCAGACGAAUUUAAAUGGGGAAAGUAUAUUUCUUAUCGAGAUGACUCGUUCUGUGAAGAGGACAGAGAAAGUAGAGUUGUGCCAGAAAAACUUAGACCAACGAAUAUCGAUAAGGCUAUUGCCUACAGAUGUACAAGUGAGAUUUUGAUACCCAAUAUCACAUUAUACAGAUCAUUUUCACCCCAGCAAGAACGAAAUGUGCUUAUGGAGAUUUAUAAUCUAACAGCUGGUCACAAGUGGAAUAACAACACUCACUGGGGAAACGACUCAGUACCACACUGUUCUUGGCACGGAAUAAAAUGCGAUAUCACCAAUAGCCAUGUUAUUAGUAUCACUUUGAUAAACAACAACUUAAAUGGAACCCUUCCGAAAAGCCUGUGGAAGCUUCGUAAUCUACAGAUUUUGUGCAUUGGCACCAAUGCUGAGUUAUCAGGCAAUCUCAAUGAAAUUUUGUCUGCCAACAUGACCAAUUUACGCACUCUUCAUCUCCCUUUUAACAAGUUAUCUGGUAAGAUUCCUGAUGAAAUUUUACCAUCGAUGAAGUCACUGGAAAUAGUCCAGCUUUGCUGUCAGUUGAGGGAUGGCUUUUUUGGUGAAAUUCCAAAAGACAUUGGGAACUUGACGCAAUUACAAGUUCUCGGUCUCGGGGGAAGCAGAUUGACAGGUUCAAUACCGAAGAGCAUUUCAAAAUUGAAAAAACUUUGGUUUUUGGAUCUUAAAAGUGCAAAAUCCCUAAGUGGAGGCUUUGCGAACCUUUUCAAUCUGUCGUCUCUACGAUAUAUGCACCUGUCACGGGCUGGAUUAAACGGAACUUUGCCCGACGAUUUUGGACUUUAUUAUCCUGCCAUGGUUGAGUGUCUCUUGCCAGGAAAUCGUUUCACUGGAAACAUUCCGCCAACUUUGGGUAACAUGACUCACUUACGAUAUUUGAAUUUUGCCAGAAACAAUUUUUCUGGAAAAAUACCCAGAAAUAUCGGCUCAGUUUCCUCUCGUGAUAUUGUCGACUUAAGUGGAAAUCAAUUAACAUCGUUUGAGGAAGGGAUCAAGUUUAAUGAUCUGGAGGUACUAAUCCUUGCUGGUAAUAAGAAUCUCACCCACAGUUUUAAUUCCUUGCUAGUCGCACUAGAAUCAUCAAGAAAAUCUCUACGUAUUCUGAACAUAGGUGAGUGUAAUUUUUAUGGCAUCAUUCCAACUGAACUGUGGAUAUUUGAGAAUUUGAUUUCCGUGGAUUUAAAGAAGAACAGCCUAAAAGGAGAGCUUCCGUGGGCCUUUCAUAUCUUGUACUUCCUCCAUGAUCUUGAUGUUUCAGCGAACAACCUUUCUGGACAAAUCCCUGGAAAUUAUGCAGACUUACCUUCCUUGAAACUCUUAGACGUUUCCAAAAAUCCUUCAAUGCAUAAUAACGAAGAAGAACAUGGAAUAUUGCCAAAGUAUAUGAAGGUUGAUUUUGUAACUUUGACGUACAGGAACCCAAUUGACAAGUUUAAAUGUCCAAAUAUCGGCCUUAAUGACAACACACUGGUGAUUUUGGAUCCCAGCUAUUAUUUUUACCGUCUUUGCAUUUGCGAUAGAGGAUAUUAUGGCUCUGGGAAAACCUGUCUACCCUGCAUGGAAGGUGGAACUUGUAAGGAUGAGAAACCUCCUUCUCAGAAUAUGACAAUCAAAAGAGGACAUUGGCCUUCAUCACGUGAUCAGAACGUGACUCAUCUGGUUAGCUGUUCACAAGCUUUGGGCACCAGCCCUCACGUGAGAACACCCUGCAAUCCAUCAGGUAAUUGUCGCUGCUGGAUUGACACAGACCGCAGUCCCUCCACCAUUUGCAACAAAUCGUGCCUCUGCCUGACAGGGAGUAAAGAUCGAUUUUGUUCACUUUGUGAACAUGGAUUUUACAAACAAGGAAUCAUUUGCCAUGCUUGUCCUCAAAGUAAUACUAGUGUCUUCAUCCUGGCUGCACUUGCUGUCCUGACUAUCAUUUUGAUGACUCUCGGCUUUUGCCUUUACGAGGAAAAGCGCUUUUUCUCUACAGUUUUAGUUUUUACUCAAAUAAUAAUCUUAGCAUUACUAGCCGUUUUCCACAUAAUUCCUGCAUGGCUACUUGAACUCAAUGCAAUAGCCCUCUUUAUAGGUUUAGCUGAAAGAGGAAGGGCUGCACGAGGAAUUAUGAAGAUCAGUGUUUAUUAUUUUCAAACUCUGGACGCUUUGAUCUCCUGCACCAACAUUUGGCCACCUCGAGUUCUUAAAAUUCAACGAUACAUCAGCAACGUGUUUAACUUUCAUUUCUCUGGCCUGGCUUGUGAGUUUCCUAACUUGUUUACUCCACUCGGUGAACUUGGAUCUCUUAUUCUCCUACCUGUUAUUUGCAUCCUCUGCAUUUGGUCGUACUUUGGUCUUGUUUGCCUCAUGGGUGGUAUUCUUAACGUUCACAAUUUGCAAGAAAGACGACUACGACUACGAAAUACCUGUUUGCAACUUUCCAUUGUGUCCCUCAAUGUCACAUAUUUUCCCAUUGUAAAGAAAACCGCCUCAGUCUUAGCUCCUUGUGCAAAGGACAACAACUACCAUUACCUGAGGGAAGCACCAUGGAUGGAGUGUGAAGGUCCUGUCUACACCAUGCUACAGGUGCUAGGCUGGCUUUCGCUAGGACUUUAUGCGAUGGGUGUGCCGUUUGGAGUUUUCCUUCCUCUUUUACGAAACAAUAAGGUCGCCAUAAGAUACGAGCUGCCCCAGCAAGACCAAGAAAGUUUGGACAGUUGGCUCGGUUCCAUCUACUUGCCAUACAAGAAAGAAUUCCGUUCCUGUUUUGAGAUCAUCUUUCUUCUAAGGCGGAUGCUGAUCGCUUUCGCGUUGUCCCUCAUUACUCGUUCAUCGUCCUUUCAGACAAUAGCUGUUUGCUUUGUUUUGCUGGUUUCCCUUUGCUUUCAGUUGCUCUUUAAACCAUAUAUUGAUUCUUACCAAAAGUUUCCAUUAGAAAAUACAGCAGAGGCUUUGGUUCUUCUGACCCUUCAUUUCUCUUUCAUGAACGUAAGGUAUGCAGCUCGGAACCCCGCCUCAUCCACACCCAUUGUUUGGAUGAUCGUAGUGGUGAACGUGGUUCUUGUCUUUGGCAUGGUGAUGUCAAUGAUUGUUCUUCUUGGCCGAUCGCAUGCAGCGGAGAAUGCCACCAUGCGAGUCCACUUAAGGGCGACUGAUGAAGAUGAUUUGACACUCCCUCUUUUAGAUGAUGGAGCUUAUAAUGACUGAAAAACUUGGUUAAGAGACUGAUGUUUACCCUUGGAUAUCUCAAUUUUAUUCAGAUCAUUAUUAAGCAGGUGAGAGUACUGAAGAGUACUGACUUUGAAUCGAUUUACAUGGAGACCCUGAGUGACGCGUGGCAUAGACGUGUUUAAUUGACGUAUCCGUGUAAGAUGUAGAACGUCGAUCGCUAGAUAAGCUCAAGGAUAAAACUCUUUGACUAAAAACGAAUCGUGUUUAGAGACUUGAAAGGAUAACUGUUCAUAGGACUUCUGUUGCCUUGUAUUGAAUUCAGCUUUAAAUAGCAAGAGUAACAUAAAUGGUAACACGAUAUGUUAAGGGAGUUUUGGGUCGGAAUAAGCCAUACAUACGAUUAAGCAGAAAGUGAGAAGCUCGUAUUGUUUUUGAAAAGGUAGCAGCAGCAACUUGAAAACGUCGCUGAGGUAUUCUUAUGAAGCGAAUAAGCAAAUAUCUCCAACUGUUUUAACAUCCACACCUCCUUCCAAAUAGAACUUCGUGCAAAUACAGCACACCUAAUUCAAAGAGUGAUCUUCACACGCCAUUUUUUGUUGGGUGCGACAGCGUACGGGUGUAACUGCUCUGUUUAAGGAAAAACGUUACUUUUCAACUGUAUAGGAUUUUUUAAAUAAUAGAAUGUUACUAGCGGUGACCAACUAUAUAUGUAGCUUGCAAAUGUUAAAAGCUUGCGAUUUAUAAAAAAAAGAGAUAUUUUCAUUAC